GUGCAGGAUCAUUCUCCUUGUAGCGGUGGACGCGGUGAGCACAAGAAUCGAUCGUCGAUCCUCAUAUUUUCGUGACAUUGCUGUUAUUUGCAAACUGGCCGGUGAACUGUAUGGUGGAUGAGCGUCCUGCACAUAAUUUAAAGAUGAAUUCGGUGGAAGAAGUGUAUGGUAGCGGAUGGGCAGCGUGGUGGAGGAAACAUUCAAUGGCAUUACAAAUUGGGACGACAAUUUCGUGCAAUAUCGCGUAUCUCGUGGACGCCGGAUACACGCGCAAGGCCGCGAUGCUUUCGAUGAUUUUGCUGGGUGGUGCUACUUUAUACUGUUUCUUCGGUCGUCGGCGGACAAUCAGUGCGCGGGAUCUUAUCGUGAUAACCGGUUGUAAUUCCGGUUUGGGUUACAGUCUAGCGAUGCACUGUCGCGCCAGGGGUGCGACGGUUUUGGCCGGAGUACGCGAAAUAGCAGCAGUGUCUAAUUCUAAUGCUGCCGUUGAAGCAUUGGAGAACAAGGGCAUUAUCGUUCACCAUCUCGAUAUCACGAAUGCACAAUCUACUCGGGAUUUUCGAGACAAAGUUAGGAAACUGUUGGAGGAGCAACAGUUAGUAUUGCGUGCAUUGGUCAAUAAUGCGGGGGUGAUGGUUUUCGGCGAAUUCGAAUGGCAAACGCAGCAUCUCGCGGAGCAUCAGAUCAAUGUGAAUCUGUUGGGAACGAUGAGAAUCACGCGAGAGUUGAUGCCAAUUUUACGAGGGAAUCGUAGUAGAAUAAUCAUGGUAUCCAGCCAUUGCGCCGAUCAGCCUCUGCCGGGUAUAAGUAUCUAUGGAGCUACGAAGGCCGCUCUCACCGCGUGGACCACUUCCCUUCGAACAGAAGUUGGCAAAUAUGGGAUCGAAGUGGUCUCUUUUAUACCUGGAGGCUUUGUAUCAGAAAGCAAUAUCAUGAAACGGCAACGGCUGCACUUUGAUGAAAUGAGACGACACAUGUCGGACGAAGCGAAACGAUUUUACGGCAACUAUUUCACUCGAUACGCGGAGUACUUUUCUCAGGUCUCGCCUACGAGAAAUCAAGGCAACGUAAAGGUCCUUUCGGAACCGAGGAUCUAUGAAAUCUUCGACAACGCUCUUCUCAAUAUCUAUCCUUCGGCGGUUUACAGAUGUGAGUCAUGGAGAUACUUCUUUUAUCGUGUGUUAAUUAAAAGCACACCGAUGUGGAUGCGUGAUCGAUUGGUACAACGCUUCGUCGUGGUACCGCCAUGGCAGACUGAUGAAAAAUGAAUUAUUAUCUUACUGAAUAGAAUUUUCCUUCAUUAUUGCAUUCGACAUCUUUUUGCAUGUUCUUCUUCUUUUCUAAUAAAUCUUUCUAAUAAAUCUUUUCUAAUAAAAAAAAA